CAUUUGUCACCAAAUCCGCUAGAUUACGGGAUACAGAACCUCGCGGAUGAAAGAGAAGACUGAAGAGUACAAUUUUCAGUUAUAUGUUUUAAUUUUCUUUAGGAUAUCAUGGUGUUGCAUCACUUGGUUUACUUUGACCUGGAAGCUUCUUGAAUCGUAGACUUUUUGGUCCUCAUUCAAGGUGGGAAAGAGCACGGCAGUUCACAAUUGCUGGGCUAGUGAUUCUUCAGAGUUGAAGAACAACAACCGCUUCCUUUACUACUUUGCCCUGUGACAGCCGAUUCAAUUGACGGAUAUCGCUACUAUGCCAGGCUGCGUCCAUUUUUACUUUGUUGAUUCAGAGUCCAACUCAGGCCGUAUGAUGUGAAGUCCGCCUAUCACCCCAACAACAAAUGGGGCUUGCCGUAAUCGAAUUUGUAACGUUGUUGCUGAAGUAACCUCACUGACUGAAAUUUGUAUGUUUCUAGCUAAUGUGUUAGCAAAGAGUGAGUUGGGACGACGGGGUACAAAAACCCUUAUCAUACCCCCACUCUAAGGGUACUUUGCAGUUGGUUACAUUGUGGAAUAACGUUAUGCCAAACCAAGGAGGUUGAAAGAAAACACACCUGAGGUCGCUUGCUAUUAGAUAACUGGCUAUAAGAAAUUCAAAAGAAAGAAGCCUGAAAUCUCUGAAGAAUGCGAUAACUAGGCCUAUUGCUUUGGGGUACUGGAGAUACCGAAAACAAAUCCAUUGUUGUUAUUUCACAAGAAGAUCUCAAGACUGAAAAUGUCCUUCUUUAAUUUCCGGAAAAUAUUUAAAUUGGGAGCUGAAAAGAAGAAAAAACAAUAUGAACACGUACACAGAGACGCGAAUCCGGAGGAAAUCUGGAACAUCAUCGGUGAACUUGGGGACGGUGCCUUUGGUAAAGUUUACAAGGCCCAAAACAAACAGACUGGCGUUCUGGCCGCCGCCAAGGUGAUUGACACUAAAUCGGAAGAGGAGCUGGAGGACUACAUGGUAGAGAUCGACAUCUUGGCAUCAUGUGAUCACAAAAACAUCGUCAAGCUAUUGGACGCCUUCUACUUUGAAAAUAAGCUCUGGAUCCUCAUUGAGUUCUGUGCAGGAGGAGCAGUGGAUGCUGUGAUGCUGGAGCUGGAGCGUCCGCUGACGGAGCCUCAGAUCCGCGUGGUGUGCCGGCAGACCCUGGAAGCGCUCAUCUACCUCCACGACAUCAAGGUCAUCCACCGCGACCUCAAGGCCGGCAACAUCCUCGUCACCCUGGAAGGAGACGUCAAGCUGGCGGACUUUGGUGUGUCGGCCAAAAACACUAAAACACUCCAGAGAAGAGACUCCUUCAUUGGGACGCCUUACUGGAUGGCUCCGGAGGUGGUGAUGUGCGAGACGUCCAAGGACCGGCCGUACGACUUCAAGGCCGACGUCUGGUCCCUGGGCAUCACGCUGAUCGAGCUGGCCCAGGUGGAGCCCCCCAACCACGAGAUGAACCCCAUGCGCGUGCUGCUCAAGAUCGCCAAGGCCGAGCCGCCCACGCUCAUGCAGCCCUCCAAAUGGUCACCGGAGUUCAGAGAUUUCCUCAGGCGAGCCCUCGAUAAAAAUGUGGACAACAGAUGGAGCCCGGUGCAGCUUCUUCAGCACCCGUUUGUGGCCAGCGUGAUGGACAACAGACCGCUCAGGGAGCUCAUCGCAGAAGCCAAGGCCGAGGUCUGGGAGGAGAUUGAGGUGUCCAAGGAGGAAGAGGAGGAGGAAGACCACGAUGCCCAGCAGCUUCCUGGACACAAGCGCGCAUCAUCUGACGCCAGCGUUGCCAGCUCCGAGGACGAGAAGCUCUCCCAGUCCCCCUCCAUCCUCGAGUCCGUCCCUGAGAAGGCCGAGCCAGAUGUCCCCGUCCCCGUCCCUGCCUCCGCCCCUGCCCCUGUACCUGCUGUCGGGGCAGCCGUCACGGAUGUAGCCAAAGCAGAGGUCCCCGAACCUGUGGAGAACCACAUCCAGGAGCCUGCUCAAGCAGAGGAGCCCUCCGUCAAGGUUGAGGAGAACAUGGAGAAGGAAGAGGCGAUCAAGAAGGAGGAAGAGGAGAUCAAGAAGGAGGAGGAGGAGAUCGAGAAGGAGGAGGAGGAGAUCGAGAAGGAGGUGGAGAGGCCUGGAGCUCCAGUAGACUCAGAGGAGCCCAAGUCAGAGGAGGCGAGGGAGAUAGAACCUCCUGCAGUCGUGGAGGAGCCAGAGCCUGAGGCAGUGGAGGAGGCUCCUGAGGUCAGCCCUGCAGCACCGGAGGAGGUGGACAGAAGGAGGUGGAGGAGAAGGAGGCGUCUCCGGAACCUCCAGCUAACACGGAAAGCGAGAAGGAAGUGGACGAGACCCAGGCCGUGGCCGAGAAGGAGCCGGAGGAGGAGGCACCGGCCACAGCAGAGCUCACGCAACCAGACUCCCCCGCGGUUCCCCCGGCUGCCCCCGCGACGGUGCUCACGCCCCCGGCGUCACCAGCGCAGAAAACUCCAGAAGAGGAGAAACCCACGUCCCCAGGUGACAAGGGCACGCCGGUCAAACCCCGCUACGAGCGGGAGAAGGAUCGGGAGAAGAAGGACAAGGACAAGGACUCGGACUCAGGAACUGGAUCGACCUCGGAGAACAGCAGCGUGGACCUCAACCUGUCCAUCUCCAGCUUUAUGGCGAAGAACAAGGAGGCCAACUCCAUUAGCGUACAGGAGGGCGAAGCGACAGAAGAAGACGCUGAAGAAGACUCGUAAAUUCAUGGUCGACGGCGUGGAGGUGAGCGUGACGACGUCGAAGAUCAUCACGGACAACGACACUAAGAACGAGGAGAUGCGCUUCCUGAGGCGUCAGGAGCUGCGUGAGCUGCGUCUGCUGCAGAAGGAGGAGCAGAGGGCCCAGCAGCAGCUCAGCAACAAGCUGCAGCAGCAGCGCGAGCACAUCUACAGACGCUUCGAGCAGGAGACCACGAGUAAAAAGCGCCAGUACGACCAGGAGGUGGAGAACCUGGAGCGUCAGCAGAAGCAGACCAUCGAGCGUCUGGAGCAGGAGCACACCAACCGGCUGCGCGAAGAGGCCAAGCGCAUCAAGGCCGAGCAGGACAAGGAGCUGUCGAAGUACCAAAACAUGCUAAAGAACCGCAAGAAAGAGGCCAAACAGGACGUUGGACUGUCACCCAAACACGUGAGAAAUGUAAUCAUGAAACGCAUUAGAGAGGACCUAAUCCAAACGCCGCACGAAGAGUUCCUGCAGAAGCAGCAGCAGGAGCUGGACAGCGCCCUGAAGAAGAUCAUCCAGCAGCACAAGCACGAGCUGGCCACCAUCGAGAGGGACUGCCUCAACCACAAGCAGCAGCUGCUCAGAGCUCGUGAGGCAGCAAUGUGGGAGCUGGAAGAGCGCCACCUGCAGGAGAAGCACCAGCUGCACAAGCAGCAGCUGAAGGACCAGUACUUCAUGCAGAGGCACCAGCUGCUCAAGAGGCACGAGAAGAUGGAGCAGAUGCAGCGCUACAACCAGCGCCUGAUCGAGGAGAUGAAGAGCAGGCAGACGGCGGAGCGCGGCCGCCUGCCCAAGAUCCAGCGCAGCGAGGCCAAGACGCGCAUGGCCAUGUUCAAGAAGAGCCUCCGCAUCACCUCCUCCACCGUCUCGCCGGAGCAGGAGCGCGAGAAGAUCAAACAGUUUGCAGCCCAGGAGGAUAAGAGGCAGAAGAAUGAGCCUCAGCACCAGCACGAGAACCAGAUGAGAGAUCUGCAGCUGCAGUGUGACGCCAACAUCAGAGAGCUGCAACAGCUCCAGAAUGAGAAGUGCCAUCUGCUGAUUGAGCACGAGACCCAGAAGCUGAAGGAGCUGGAUGAUGAGCACAGCCAGGAGCUCAAGGAGUGGAGGGAGAAGCUGCGGCCACGCAAGAAGGCCCUGGAGGAGGAGUUUGCGCGGAAGAUGCAGGAGCAGGAGGUCUUCUUCAAGAUGAGCGGCGAGUCUGAGUGCCUCAACCCCUCAGCGCAGAGCCGCAUCUCCAAGUUCUACCCAAUCCCCAGCGUCCACUCCACGGGCUUCUAACACACACAUACAUACACACACACACACACACACACACACACACACACACACUGGGGCAUACAUACAUGCACAGACUCUCUCAUACACACACACAAACGCAGACACACAAACGCAGACACACACAUACUGGAGCAGCAAUGCACACUACAGGCCGCCACAGGUGGAGCUGCACCUCUGCUGCCUUGACCCUUGACCCCUGACCCCUCUCCACCCAGUAACUGUGAGGUGACAGAAGAAGGAACCACUCUUUAGGAUUUUACUCGUUCCCACUCUCUCACACCGAUUCAUUUUCUCUCUCUCUCUCUCUCUCUGUCUGUCUCUCUCUCUCUCUGUCUCUCUGUCUUUCUCUCUCUCUCCCCUUUUCCCUGUUAUUCUAUUUUUAUUUUGGUUAAUUUUUCUUCUCUUUUUUUUUUGUGAGACACUCCACACAUUAAAUUGACAGCAUUGGUAUUUGAGAAUGGUUGGAAAGAUUCACUCUUAUUUUGUUCUUGACACGCACAAAAAAAUCCUAGUGCCUAAACAAAAUGAAAUCGACUUUUUAUAGGGUUGGUGGAGAAAGUAAACUGCUGCUGAAUUAUUGUUUUUACUCCAAGUUCUUUACACAGUAGCAGCUUAACCCGUCUAGUACCUCAGCCACAGUAGCAAAUGAUGAGCACAAACCAAAACAUACAAAAAAUAAAUAAAUACAUUAUAAAUAGUCAUUUAUUUUGUAACCAGUGCAGCCCCUAAUCAUCGAACAAAUUCGAGGUGGAAGAAGAUGGCACCUUAUUGUCAAUAGCACAGAGGGGGGUGAGUGCAGGUUGUUCUGCAGUCUGAACAAAUCUGAAGAAAUCCAUUAAGGUCCUGAUGAAGCAUAUCUUUUUUGUAGUAGGCAAGAAUACAAAAUAAAAAUAAAAAGCUGUCUGCUUGCUGUAGUGCCUUGAUUGAAUUCUGUUCCUCUUUUGAGGGCAAAGGCAGGAAGUUUGGUUCCCCCAGCACGGAGGUUCCGCAUCUCGAGGUCAGAGUGAGGUCACUUGCCUUCUCCUGUUCUCGUACUCAGUGAUGACUUCUUUUUUUCGUUUUGAUUUCCGAUGAAUGACAGAUUUGGUCAUACUCAAUGAAGGAUUAUUACUUUGUUUUGUAUUUUCCUCACAUAUUGAUAUGCAAGAAUUUUACAGACUAUUGGUUUUUUUGUUGUUUUUCUUUUGGUUGUGACUGGUGUGGAUUUGUGUAUUUGUUUUCGUUGUUGCUGCUGUUGAUGAAGCUAAGAAUUUGCAGCACACUUUUCUUUUGUUGUCGUUCCAAGUACAUCGGCAGAAUAUCAACAACAGAUUAGCAUUCGUCACUACCAAAUACUCCAAUCAUAGGAAGCAUGCUUUUGAGUGUGUUUGUUUCCGUUUAUAAUCCGAGAAGUACCUUAAGCGAUGUUUUUUUUUUUUUUUUUUUUUGCAACAAUGACUAGUUUACUCCUUUUAAAACAAUGACUGUAGUUUACCUUUUUUUACUGUGUUAGUUGAUUCUGAUUACGUAUCACUGCAGGAGGAUGACAGGUUAAUUUCCUCUCUUUUUUUUGUUUUUCUUUCCUCAUCUCAAAACUGCAGAUAUACUUCAGACAGACAUACAGUGUUUCUAAUUGAGGGACGGUAAAACGUCAUGAAUUUAUACUCUCUGUGGUAAUCGGUUUUAGCUACAUUGUAAUGGAAGCUUCUUCAGCUGUUAUUGUUUUUUUUACACUACUCUGGAAGUACUUGCAUUUAACUUUACUCUAAACUGUAAAUGCAGUGGAAAUACAGGACGGCUCUGGUAAGCGCGAGCACUUGUUGGAACGACUCCUAUUAUGAGCCUUGGCUAUUAAUGUGAACUGCUACAACGAGGGUCAAAUCGAUAUAUAUGAAGAAGUGCUGAGCACCUUUUUGGACAUCUGAAGAAUUUCUGCAAGUGGAUAUUUAAAGAAUCCUAUCUAGACGCAAGAUCAUAAGCAUACUAGAAUUACUUGGAUUUGUUUUGUUGUUUUCCCACAUCAACUUGUUUUUGAAAUGUAAGCAAAUCUCGCUAUGUACUAUUUUCGUCGUUCUGACUCCAUGCAGUGAAUGCCAGUCAUAAAUUUGGAGAAAACCUCCGGAUUGCAUUUUUAAGUAUUGUCUGUCCCAAUGUAAGACAUGAUGUCUUUGCAAGAGAUCAGGUUGUCAUGGUUUUUUUCGAAGAAGCCACAGAUUUAGUGUAAUGAAAUUGUUUCCUGUAAAUAAUAAAUGAUGUCAGCGUCUUUGUGUUG